AUGCGAUUAAUCAACGCCGAAACUCUCGAAUUCAAAGAAUUCCAAGGCGAAGAUAUCCCAGAGUAUGCAAUUCUAUCGCACACAUGGGAUGGCCAGGAAGUCACGUUUCGCGACUGGGAAUUUGAUAGGAAAGGUGCAAAAAAGAAAAACGGAUAUACUAAGAUUGUGGAGACGUGUCGACUGGCGCUGGAGGAAGGAUUGGACUACGCGUGGGUUGAUACGUGUUGUAUUGAUAAGAGUAGUAGUGCGGAGUUGUCGGAGGCUAUUAAUUCUAUGUUUGAGUGGUAUGCGAGAGCGAAGGUUUGUUUUGCGUUUCUUUCGGAUGUGAUGGUGAAGGGGAAGAGAGUGGGUGGUCAAAUGGACAGGAAGUUGAGAAAAAGCAUUUCUAAGAGUAGAUGGUUUACGAGGGGUUGGACGUUACAGGAGUUACUGGCUCCUAGUGCCGUUGUGUUCUACUCAAACGAUUGGAUUAGACUGGGAUAUAAAUCGUCGACUCUUACCGCGCUGAUCAGUGAUAUAACUGGUAUCGAUACUUCGUACCUCUUGGGUCGUAGUAUUAUUGACGCAAGCGUUUCUCUAAGGAUGUUUUGGUUAUCACAACGAAAGACGACUAGGGUGGAGGAUAUGGCAUAUUGUAUGCUCGGAAUGUUUGGUAUCAAUAUGCCCUUGCUAUAUGGAGAGGGCGCGAAAGCGUUCGUACGGCUUCAAGAGGAGAUCAUCAAGGUAUCUGUUGACCACACGAUAUUUUGCUGGUCCUGGACCAAUACCGUCUCACCCGCUUGGACAAGUCUCAUCGCGCCAUCACCAGACACAUUCAAGUAUUCAAAAGAUUUCCGCAGAGCAAGCGCGGACGAGCAAGCUUCUCCUUAUUCAAUGACCAACGUGGGGCUCUCCAUCCGUCUACCGAUUAUCCAAGCAUGGUCUUACAAUUUCAUCGUUUUGAUGGUUCGUCAUCGUAGUUCGAAUUCCCAGUACCACCAAUGGCGGGUCUGUAUCCCCAUACAAAGUCUUCUCCGACCAUCCACUUCCGAUUUCAUCAGCACCUACAUGAGAAUACCAUACCCGCCUGAUCCAAUAUUUAUGCCAAUGUAUUGGGCCUCGGCAGAAAUAAACAUGUUUGUCGUAUCGAGAAUGAUCUCUAUGAUUCGCGACGAACCUUUGCUUCCAUACGAAUCUGAACCUCGCAGUCUACUAAUCACGAUAGGAGAAGGUCUUCCCAGUCCAACCCCCCUCACCAGAGCUCAUAUCAAUGAAGAUGGGGAAGAAUUUGAUGUUAGACUCGCGAAAACCAUUCCUAUUUUUCAUGCGGAAACAUUUCCGCAAGGUUUAUUUGAUGAGACUAGAAGUGUAUUUAGACUCACUCAUCGGGUUGAAAAUGGCUGGAAUGGGUUAUUAGCGUUAGGUAACAGGGGCUUUGGAUGUGUGAUUUUUAUCAGUUGCAAGAUUGAUGCGGCGAAGAAAACAAGAUGGUUUUGUCAUAUUCUUCCUUUGGUUCUCUGGAGAGAAGAUGAAGCGGAGAGACGGGAACUGUUAAAAUUCUUGGAAAGUCAGGUCACAAGUAUAGGACAAAAUGAAAUAAGAGCGGCGAUUUGCCCGGAGGUCGGGGGAUACUUUGGUAUUGAUGAGGACGAGGACGACACCUCCGGGGAUGAUAUAGAUAGGCAGAAUGAAAGCAAGGUUGUGGCUGCGAGGUUGGAAAUUGGAUUAAAAAGGAAGCGAAUUAUGGAGCUUUCGAAAGACAUUCGAAAACAAUUAUGUGCUUGA